AUGGAUUGGAUGUAUUUAUAUGAACAAUAUCAAGGCAAUAUUGGUCCGGACGAUACCUCAUUUUUCUUCAAUGAUGUCAGGGACCCUCAAAUUAACCCUGGUACAGGUGAUGGUUGGUUCAAGAAAGGUGUAGUUAAGCUUGUUAGUGGUUCGGGUAUUUGGACCACUCAAUCAUCAAGAUCAACUAAAUCACAGGGUGUUACAUUGGAUCAAUCUGCCAAUGAUUUCUUGAAAAAAAUUGGUAUGGAUAAAUAA